AUGUCAGCUUCUUCCUCCGCCACUGGUUCAGCGGAUCACCAAAGCCAAAUGUCUCUACAGAGCAAAUCAUCCGCUGUUUCUACCUAUAUCCCUCCCUGGACUGAGCCUUACAUCAUUGGAGUUGCUGGAUUCUCGGGUUCGGGCAAGACAUGUAUAGCUCAAAAGGUAAUCCUGGAGUUAAAUCAGCCGUGGACAGUACUCUUGCUGUUUGAUAACUUCUAUAAGCCGUUGACACAAGAGCAGUCGGAACAAGCAUUUGCGUGCAAUUAUGACUUCGACAAGCCCGAGUCAAUAGACUUGGAUCUUAUUGUUGAGACUGUGAAGUCUUUAAAACAGGGCAAGAAAACCGAAAUUCCAGUCUAUUCAUUUUCGCAGCAUACUAGAACCGACAAGACGAUUACCAUCUAUGGUGCUAAUGUCAUCAUCAUGGAGGGUAUCUAUGCCCUUUACGACAAACGCUUGUUGGACCUCAUGGACAUCAAGAUUUUUGUGGAUACAGAUUUGGAUGUGUGUUUAGCACGAAGACUUACGCGUGACAUCUUGUUUAGAGGAAGAGAUUUAGCUGGUGCGUUGAAGCAGUGGGAAGUAUUUGUCAAGCCAAAUGCUGUCUCAUCUGUCACUCCCACAAUGCAUAAUGCGGAUAUCGUCAUUCCCAGAGGUCUUGAGAAUACAACAGCGAUCGAGCUCAUGAUCCAACACAUUCAAAAGCGCUUGGCUCUUAAAAGUUCCUUGCAUCUACGCCGUCUCAAAGCUCUUGGACUCGGACCAAAACUCGAUCUUGCAAAGAUACCCAAUCUUCAGAUCCUACCUUGCAACAAUCAUACUGCUGGAAUCUUCCUGAUUUUGUUUGAUGCACAUACUGAGCGGACUGACUACAUAUUCUACUUUGAUCGAAUCGCUAUUUUCUUAGUAGAAAAAGCCAUCGAGCAACUUACAGCCUACGAAGAAAUAGAUGUAAAGUGUUGCAAGGGGUAUUCAUUCAAGGGUUUGAGACAAGCCGAAGAUAUCGUUGCUGUGAGCAUAAUUCGGUCAGGCGACUGUUUCAUGAACUCAAUUAAAAAGACCUUUCCUUCUAUUCCAAUAGGAAAGCUUUUGAUUCAAAGUGACUCGCUCACUGGUGAGCCACAAUUGCAUACUGAGUCCUUGCCUAAAGCGACUCGAGGUAAUCGAUUUUUCUUGUUUGACGCACAAAUCAUAAGCGGUGCUGCUGCAAUCAUGGCAAUCCAAGUCCUAGUGGAUCAUGGCAUCGCACCAAAGAAUAUUAUCCUCAUCUGCGUCCUUCUGACAGAAAUUGGUAUAAGAAGAAUACUUAACGUUUUCCCUCAAGUGACAAUUGUUGCAGGCCAAGUGAGCAAGACGGAGGACCCCGAUUCUAGGCUGAGUCUCGACGUGGCUCUCGAGGAUCUGGACGACGACGAGGUUUUAGCGCUGGACAGCGCACCCGAGAAGAGCAAAAAUGGGGUCGAUGUGAGGAGCAAAGAUCCCAUUCCGCAACCAAGCUUGAUUGCGUCAAUAGCAAAAGAUGGAGCCGCCAAGUUUCGUGACACAGAUUGGCCCUUUCGCACACGAUUCUUGGACUCCUUGUACUUCGGCACGGCAUAG